AUGAAGGAUGCCAAUUUCAAACCAAAGUGUCCUUUAACUGCGCAAACAGAACCGUUACAAAAACCCCUGGUAUUACUGCGCUUGUCACAAUCCUCGUUGGAAGCCACAAAUGCGGAAUUAGCGGAGAAAGAAGUGGACAUGGAUGUGAGCGAAGAAAUCGAUGAUGAAAUUGAACACGAGCAUAAUCCAAAUGGUUACAGACUUGUUGAGCUCAACAAAGCGCAGUUGCAAAAACUUAUUGACAGCGGCAAACUGCAGUUGGUGGAGAAGCCGGGUGCAAGCUCAAGCGCAGCAAUGAUACAGCUGCACAACGAGGAUGCGGACGAUUGGGUGGCUGACGAUGAACGCUCGAAAAAGCGGCCCUGGCGUAAAAUCCAACGUAUUAUACGUCGGCAGCUGGUUAAGAAACCCAAGCGAUAUUUCAAAAAAAUUGCCCAUCAAAUUGGUUGA